AUGGAAACUGCCCCCACAAAUCCACAGCGUCGUAUCAAGAUACUGUGUCUGCAUGGGUAUGAGCAGUCGGGCGAGCUUUUCUCGGUGAAACUACGCGCAUUGCGCGAACGCAUGAACGAUUUUGCGGAUUUCUACUUCCCUAAUGGACCCAUCAAUUUAACACACGUGAACAAUUCCACCUCUGCUACAGAGUCUGUGCGUCUGCAGAACACAGAGACGCUGUGUUCGAAUUUUUAUGGCUGGUGGUUGAUUUCCACCUUUUACGAUGAUGUUUUGGAACCAAAGUUGGCGUGGAAGCAUUUGUCUGCUUAUAUGCAAGAGCACGGUCCGUUUGAUGGGUUAAUCACUUUCUCGCAGGGAACGAACCUCGGAUUUAAUUUGGCUUCACUAGUCACAAUUCCAAAGUACCAGGAAUAUUUCAACCAGAAGCCGUUUAUGUUUGCCGUCUUCUGUUCGGGCUACUGCCGUCCUCUCGCCAUUGAUGGCUUUUGUACGUCUAUGACUCUUGAAAUUCCAACAUUGCAUCUCAUCGGCAAAUAUGAUACGGUGUUACCCACAGCUUCUUCUGAACGGUUGAUCCGUGCAUGUAAGGGUGCCCAUGUAAUUAUGCAUUCCGCGAGCCAUGAGAUUCCUGCUCCCCAGGCUUACGUCGAUCCUGUCGCCGCCUUCAUCUAUUUUUUUUCGCGCAAGAAAUGGCCGCGGAUAAACAAGAAUAUUUCGCUCAUUGUCCCUUCCCUUGGGUCGGCUGGUGCAGGGCGAUCGGCUAACGACUCUGUCGAGCGCCAACUACUCGGUCGCAUUGUGACGCAUACGAAUCGUGCUAAAGUUAAUGCACUAAUUACCAACGUCGAAACUUACCUGAAGUUUCGGGAUGUGUUGGGUGCUAAUGUUUUGUGUGUCAUCGUUAGCAGUCUUCCUAAAAUCGAUGAAUAUAGGCAGCUAAUUGCUGGUACAUCUGCCCACAUCGUUGGCUCCUUCGAAGAUGCAUUAGUCUUUCUUCAAACACAAGAGUCCAUAGUAUCACGUAUACAUAUCAUGGGAGACUGUAGACUUCUGACUCUCGGAAUGCUAUUUCGUUGUACGAAACGGAUAAUCACUGUUACAGAUGAGGAAGGCUGCUUGUCCAGUCGUUUUGCGGCUUGUAAACUUUCUCACUCGUUGCCUUUGCUUGAGCAUAGCAGUGAGUGGUCUAAAAUAAGCAAUGCUUCACAAAUAAAGCAGUGGACUGGCCAGUCUCGCGUGAAACACAAGUGUGUGCGCAACACCGGUGAGUCUGUUAUUACGAAGCUUCAAAUGUGGGAACGUCAGCCGUAAUUCUAAA